AUGCUGUCAGACGACGGUAUGUACAACCUCAUCAGCCGCGGCAAGGGCGCCAUGCCAGGGAACUCGGCGAGCCUGUACAGCAAUGGCGCGCGACGUUGCAGCAGCAAUGCAUCGCUGCGAUGCUGGUCCAGCUCCAGAUCCCUGGAGCUGGCGCCGAGGCCUUCGGGCACGGUGGCCGAGGGGGCGGCAGCACCCCCCACAGAGGACAGCGAGGCCGCCUCCAUCACCUUCCAGGACGCCGUGACGCGGCUGCAGUCCUUCUGGGCCGAUGAGGGGUGCGCCAUGUGGCUCCCCCACAACACAGAGGUGGGGGCAGGGACCAUGAAUCCCUCCACCUUCCUCAGAGUACUGGGUCCGGAGCCCUGGAGCGUGGCUUACGUGGAGCCCUCCAUCCGCCCAGACGACUCUAGAUAUGGCCUGAAUCCAAACCGAGUGCAGCGGCACACGCAGUUCCAGGUGAUCCUGAAGCCAGACCCUGGCAAUGCUCAGGACCUGUACCUGGCCAGCCUCCGAGCGCUGGGAGUCGACACACAGCAGCACGACGUUCGCUUCGUGGAAGACAACUGGGAGUCGCCGGUUUUGGGAGCUUGGGGCCUCGGCUGGGAGGUCUGGCUCAAUGGGAUGGAGGUCACCCAGUUUACAUACUUUCAACAGGCCGGAGGGAAGGUCCUGGAGGUGCCGUCUGUGGAGAUCACUUAUGGCCUGGAACGCAUCAUCAUGGCCAUCCAGGGUGUGAAGCACUUUAAGGACAUCCAGUACUCCCAGCAUCUCACCUACGGCGAGAUGUUCCUGCAGGCAAGCUGCAGGAAGGGGGGGUGGAAUGAGUGGGAGAUGAGCAAGUACAAUCUGGAGGAGGCCAGCAUCAGCGACCACCAGACCCGAUUCAGACUGUACGAGGAGGAAGCUAAGAGGAUGCUGGCCCUUCGCCUCCCCAUCCCUGCCUAUGAUUGCCUUCUGAAGCUCUCACAUACCUUCAACGUCCUGGACGCCCGUGGAGCGGUGGGCGUCACCGAGAGAGCCAACAGCUUUGCCGCGCUGAGGAGCCUGGCGCGGCAGACAACAGAGCUUUGGUCGGAGCGGAGGGAGGAGCAGGGACACCCCCUUGGCAAUGCGCUCCUCGACUGCAAGGCCAGUACGGUCGUCGACCUGGGUCAACCCCCCGCACACAGCCCGCCCACGGGCCCAGCCCCCUUCCUGCUGGAGAUUGGGUGCGAGGAGUUGCCCCCCGCCGACCUGCAGCAUGCGCUGACUCAGCUCAGGCAAGGCAUCCCACAGCUGCUGAAGGCCUGCCGCCUGAGCCACGGUGCUGUCACUGUCGCGGGCACUCCCAGGCGCCUGGUGGUGAACAUCGCCGACCUGGCUCCCCAGCAGAGUGCAGCUUCUGAGCGGAUCCGAGGGCCCCCAGCAAAGGUCGCCUUUGCACCGGAUGGAAGCCCCACCCCCGCCCUGCUUGGUUUCUGUCGAAAGAACAGGAUAGAAGUGAAGGACACCGUGCUGGAGGCUGAUGCCAAUGGGGCUGACUAUGCGCUGGCGCAGCGGCUGCCUGACCUUCUCAGUGGUCUCUCCUUCCAGAAGAGCAUGCGCUGGCUCCCGGGCGUGCCUUCCUUCUCCAGACCCGUGCGGUGGCUGCUGUCCAUGCAUGCCGGGACGGUGGUCCCGCUUUCCUUUGCCGGCGUGGAAAGCGGUGACCAGACUCGCCUUCUGCGCAGUGAGGCCUCUCCAGUCAAGUUGGCAUCUGCUUCCGAGCAUGGCGCUGUCCUCCUGGAUGCCGGCAUCCUGGUGGAUGUGGCGGAGCGAAGGGCCAGCAUCUGGGAGGCUUGCCAGAGUGCGGCAGCGAGCAUCAACGGUUCGAUCCCUGAGGCCACGACACAUGACCUGCUGGAGGAGGUUGCCGAUCUGGUGGAGAGCCCCACUGUCAUCCUGGGAUCUUUUGACCCCGAGUUCCUGGGGCUGCCGCAGGAGGUGUUGGUGAUGGUGAUGCGCAAGCACCAGCGUUACUUCCCCGUCGUCGACCCCCAGACAAACGGGCUGCUGCCGCACUUCAUCACCGUCGCCAAUGGCGCGGUGAAUGUGGACCUCGUGAGGGCCGGCAACGAGGCAGUGCUGCGGGCCAGGUUUGAGGAUGCUCGCUUUUUCUACGAGGCGGACACCAAGAAGUCGCUGGAACAGCACCGGGAAAAACUAGAAAGCAUGACCUUCCAGCAGGACCUCGGCUCCCUGCUGGACCGCUGCAAGCGUGUCUUCAGCUUGGUUGAGCCGCUGACCCUGGCCUGUGGCUUUGACAAAGACACGGAGGCUGUGGCGGGUGAGGCUGCCUCCCUCUACAAUGCCGACCUGGGCACGUCCAUGGUCACCGAGAUGACCGCCCUGGCAGGGGUGAUGGGCCGGCACUACGCCGAGGUGGAGGGGCGGAGCUCUGCAGUGGCCACCGCCAUGUACGAGGGCAUCCUGCCGCGGUUCUCUGGCGACGCCCUGCCCUCCACGCCCGCCGGGGUCCUGGUGUCCCUUGCCGACAAACUGGACGCAAUCGUGGGGCUGUUUGCCGCGGGGUGCGCCCCCACGGGCAACUCCGACCCCUAUGCGCUGCGGAGGGCGGCGGUGGGCCUGCUCGGCAUCCUGCUGCAGCAGGGGGUGCACAUGGACCUGCCUGCCCUGGUGGCGCUGGCUUCCGCGCAGCUUCCCGUGCCCGUCACGCCUGAGGUCAGGGCCGGCGUGCUCGACUUCAUCACCAGGCGACUGGAGCAGCUGCUGCUGGACGAGGGCCUGCAGCCCGAGGCGGUGAGGGCGGCGCUGGGCGCGCGCGCACACGACCCGGUCCUCGCCGCCGCCACUGCGCGGGAGCUGGCGGCGGGGCUGGCCGCCGGCCCCGACGGCGCGCUGGGCCGGGUCCUGGGCGCCACGACGCGCGCCGCCCGCUUGGUGCGCAGCCAGGCCGCGGCGGGGCCGGCGGAGGUCAGGCCGGACCUCUUCCAGCAGGCCGAGGAGGGCGCGCUGCACGGCGCCCUGCAGGCCGCGGAAGAGGGCGUGGCUCCCGAUGCCAGCCUGGCGGGGUUUGUGGAGGCUUGCGCGCCCCUGGUGGGGCCCCUGAACGCCUUCCUGGACGGGGUGUUUGUCAUGACCGAGGACGAGGGGGUCAGGGGCAACCGCCUCGCACUGCUGCGCCGAGUCGCGCAGCUGCCCGGCCCUUUCCUCUCCGUCCAGGAGGUCCAGGGCCUCCUCGGGUGA